AUGACUGAUGAAUUCAAUCGAUAUUAUAUCAAAAUUCGAGCUAUUUUGGGAAUAGAUUCAAAAACAAUCUUUGACGAACUUACAGAGGCAUUGGGACCUGAUGCUCCAUCACAUCCAACAGUCAGAAGAUGGGCGAAACGUUUUCGUGAAGGGAGAGACGAUGUCACUGAUGAUCCUCGAUCUGGUCGUCCGAUUUCGGUACUUACAGAUGAAAAUGUUGAACGCGUUCGACAAGUUAUCGAAGAUGAUCCACACUCAACUUAUGAUGAUAUUAUGGGUGAGACUGAUCUAUCACGUGGUACAAUAGAACGAAUUAUUCAUGAUCGUCUAAAGAUGAGAAAAGUUACAUCACGUUGGGUUGCUCAUCAACUUACUGACGAACAAAAACAAAAACGACUUAGAAUUUGUCGUCAAAAUUUAGAGAAAUUUAGAAAUGGAACAUGGCAUUUAUGUGAUGUUAUUACUGGUGAUGAGACAUGGAUUUAUCACAGGCAGAUUGGUCGAAAGUCAAGCAAUGCUACUUGGGUUGGCGAAAAUGAACUACCAAGAACCAUUGUUCGUCGGAAUAGAUUUGAACCUAGAACACUAUUUUGCUUCUUCUUCAAAUCCACUGGUUCUCUUCUCAUACACAAAGUAGAUAAGGGCAAGACAAUCGAUUAUGACUACUAUAUUGAUAAUUGUCUUAUUCCUGUUAUCAAUGAAAUAAGAAAAAAGGAAAAGUCAUCACGUACUACAUAUAAAAUGCUUCAUGAUAAUGGUCCUCCUCAUACUCAUCCAGAUGUUAUUGAUUAUUUAAUGGAGGAAGAAAUCGAAAUCAUUCCACAUCCACCAUAUUCACCAGAUCUUGCACCGUGUGACUUUUGGCUAAAUGAUUAUAUCAAGAACAAGUUGACGGAUCAAACAAACGAAGAAUCAUUAGGUCAAGAGGUUUCCACCAUAGUGAAGAAUAUUCCAAUAAACGAGUUUAAAAAGACUUUCGAUAAACUGUUAGAAAGAAUGAAACUUUGUAUCGAAAAUAAUGGUGAUUAUUUUGAGCAUUUAAUAAAAUAAAAUAACGAAUGUCUCUUCGUUUCUGUAUUGUGGUUUUAUGUUGGCAUGAUCUUUUCUUGGCUAUAAAUACUAUAGAUUUAGUCUGAAAGGAUGUUAGAACUAAGUCUAAGAGAGAGUUGCUCUAUAUAUUAUUAAAGACGAGACGUUAUACUAUAUAUUGCCUUAGUAAAAUAUUCAACAUUUAUUGCUUUAUUAAAUUUUAAAAACUGUGAUCAGAACUUUUGGU